UUUUUGGGUGGGCACUCACACUUAUAGUGUGCCUCGCACCAGUUCGCACAGUGAAAGAAGGCAUUGUUUGUGAUUGAAAUGGAGAGCGAUGUGGAAGAAUCUCUGCGGAAGAGGCCCAGAAAAUAUCCUUUCUCCGCGGAUUCAUCCUCUCGCAAGCAGUUUGAACAAUAUCUUGGUGGGCCGUUUGCAAUAAUUGGGGAAGUGAAUUUUAUGCAAGAUGAUGAUAAUCGAUUGGAGAUUACCCGAACUAGAUUUGGAAGUUUGCUUAAAAGACAUGGAGAUUUGACAGAACGUCUUGCCAGGGAUUCGGACAAGAUAAUAUUUGAGCGUCUGCAGAAAGAGUUCGAAGCUGCACGAGCUUCUCAAACUGAAGAGAUAUGUUUAGAUGGGGAUGCGUGGAAUGAUGGUCUACUAGCUACAAUAAGAGAGCGGGUGCAUAUGGAGUCAGACAGAAAAGCAAUGCAUGGGGAUGCUGACAUAUUGUCAUGUCCUCAUGAAAAAAUUACAUAUAAAAUUGGAAACAAGCAGGUAAUUUGCUGUUUGGAAGGAGCAAGAAUUGGCGUACAGUAUGAAACAUCGUAUGCUGGUGAACCUUGUGAAUUUUACCAUUGUGUGCUGGAGAGUAAGUCAUUUCUUGAAAAGAUGACUGUCCUUGAACACACCGUUCCAUUUUUCCUGCCAAUACGUGAAAUAGAAAAUGAUCUCCUUUCAUCCAAUGCAAUGAAAUUCAUAGACCAUGUUGGAGAUCUAUUGCAGGCUUUUGUGGAUAGACGGGAACAGGUCAGACUUAUAAAGGAACUUUAUGGAAAUCAAAUUAGAGAGCUUUAUCAUAGCCUUCCCUACCAUAUGAUCGAACUUGUAUUGGAUGAUUCUGAUUGCAAGGUGACAGUCAGCCUUCGAUAUGCUGAUCUAAUUUCGGUGCUCCCAACUCGAAUAUCAGUGCUAGCCUGGCCAAUGUUCAAUAAAAAUACUACAGCAACUUUGAACAGGAAGGAAGAUGGACUCUCUGGAAGUCAUUCUACUCCAAUUCGCUUAACCUAUGCAGAAGAUGCCUUACGAACCAUGAGUUUACCAGAAGCAUACGCAGAGAUUGUAUUAAACUUACCACAAGCGCUUCAGCAGACGUAUCAUCAAAAGGCUCCCGCUUAGUCUAGAUUCCUCUGUAAAAAUUCUUGGUAGAUGUUAAAUAUUAGAAAAAGUAACUUCAAAAUUGUUACCUCACAGGAUGAGUUCAUUUUUCUGUACUGCUGUCAGUUAGCAUUUGUCGUUGCCCCUUGUGGCCUUCUUGUUCCUUCAUUGCCUACUCCUGUGUCUUGUAUAAUUUACUACGACAGAGCUAGGUUCAUCUUUUCAAACUGUUGUCAUUUCUCUUUUUUGGUUUAUCAUAAUUCAAUAUAUGUAAAAGUUGGUUUCA